UCCGCCCACAGACUCCGGGGCGCCCUCGCAGAGGGAGUGACGCGCACCCGGUCGGCGCGCUGACGUCAUCGUGCGUCUGCGUGGGCCCUGAGCGGGCGGGGGGGCCCCAGGAGCUCUAACUGCGCAGCCCAGCCGGCAGUUCAGCCCUCGUCGUUGCUCCCGGGACUGUGGAGGCUCCUGGUGGCACUGCUGUUUCGUGUUGGACGCGUCUGCCCUGUGUCUGUCUCCUUCCCCUUCCCCCCAGCCACAGUUUGCCUAAAGAGGGCAAAUCCUGUACAGUUCCUGCAGAUUAAAAAUAUGCAAAGAUAGGACCUCAAGUCCUUGUGUAACGAAGGCAUUCAUUCAAGCGGUCACAUUCCCAAGGCCAGUGUUUCAUAGGCCAUUGUGCUGUGUUUUGUUUUGUGAGUUGCUUUCUGCGAAUUGUUGCUUUGGAAUUGUGAAGGCAUUGUAUUCACGAGUUCCUGAUUUACAGUCCUGAAGAGUCUACUUUUUCCCUCUCAUUUUUUCCCAUUGAAGUAAUAAAUCCAGUUGUGGAGACUCAGAAACUUUAUGAAGGGAUAUAGUUUGCAUUCUGUGCAAUGUAAUUUUGUGUAUGAAUUAUAUUUUUAAUUUAUGAAGGGUUUUCAGAAAGAAGGCUAGUAGGGUUAAUUAUUGGUACAUUAUGCAUGAAUAGUGAUUCUGUUGAUAAUGCAGUAUCUUCUUAGGCUUAUGUGUUAACACUAGAAAGGACAAACUGUAUCUUGAUAAAUUGAUUUACCUUUAAUUACAAACUGAGUAAUAUUGUACAUGCAUGAUUCUUAAACGAAAAAGAAGUUAAUUUUUUAAGAAAGUUUCUCCUGUGAAAAUUUUAUGGUUAACUAGUUAAAUUUAUGGAGAAAAUACCCUCAAUUGAUCAAGUGUAAUAAACUGUUUGCAAAGUUAGGAAGAAAAACAACAUAAUGAUGCUGCAGGUAAUGGAAACAAAUAUAGACAAUAUUUAACAAAGAUGGAAGAGUUAUCAGUUUUUGAAGGAAGCAGAAUUCUUUUCCUUUGACAUCACACAGGCUUCAAGAAAGCUAGUAGGUAUUGACAUCCCCGAAAGUUGUUAGCUGAAGCUAAUUUAACCUUCUUAAGUAAAUACUGCGUUGGUAAACUGUGAAAUUAGCUUUUAGAUAAUGCGACCAUAUGGAGACUUUAAUUCUUUUUUACUAGCAUAAAAGAUUUUUUAAAGUAUCAUACUAAAGUGCUGGUAGGGAAAGAAGCCUGCAUUUAGUGUUUUUCCUCUUGUAGAAUAAUAAUUAAUUGGCUUGAUAUCCAGGCUUUGUAACUUAUAACCAAAGGCAAAUUAAAGGCAUAAUUUAGGUAUUCUAUCCUUAUUUAGAAUUUUGGGACUAUAAACCUCUGUUUUAACAUUUUCAGAAGUGUGUUAGCUUCUUUCAUGCUGUUAGGUUAGUAUUGUACCAAAUAAUGAGCAAAUAGCACCGGAGUUGUAUAAUCCCAGAGUAUUAAGUAGUGUCUUGGUAGUUAGGAGAUUCAUCCUCCUGAGUAUAAACUCAGAUCUAAAUCUAGUAAGGAAGGUUUAGUGAAUUUUAUAUAAGUGGGAGCCUAUCAUUUGAUUCUUUUUCAUGAUAAAAAUUUAGUGUGAUGAGAAGAGAAAUUUCACGUGAAGGAUUUUAGCCAUCAAAAAGUACAAUCACUUAUGCACAAAACUAUCUCCCAAGACUUGUCCCAGGUCCCUCGUAUUGAAAAAUUAAGAGUGUGAUGGAAGAUAGCACGAUCUUGUCAAAUUGGACAGUUGGCAACAAACAAAAAAUGAAAUAUGACUUUUCAUGUGAACUCUACCGAAUGUCUACAUAUUCGGCUUUCCCUGCUGGAGUUCCUGUCUCAGAAAGGAGUCUUGCUCGUGCUGGUUUUUAUUACACUGGUGUGAAUGACAAGGUCAAAUGCUUCUGUUGUGGCCUGAUGCUGGAUAACUGGAAACAAGGAGACAAUCCUAUGGAAAAGCAUAAACAGCUAUAUCCUAGCUGUAGCUUUGUUCAGAAUCUAGUUUCUGUCACUUGUCUGGAAUCCACCUCUAAGAAUGCUGCUUCUUCAAUGAGAAAUAGUUUUACACAUUCGUUGUCGCCCACUUUGGAACAUGGUAACACUUUCAGUGCUUCUUAUUCCAACCUUUCACCAAACCCUCUUAAUUCUAGAGCAGUUGAAGACUUCUCCCCACUGAGGACUAACCCCUACAUUUAUGCGAUGAGUACUGAAGAAGCCAGAUUUCUUACUUACCAAACGUGGCCAUUAACCUUUUUGUCACCAUCAGAAUUGGCAAGAGCAGGCUUCUAUUAUAUAGGACCUGGAGAUAGAGUAGCCUGCUUUGCCUGUGGUGGGAUGCUAAGUAACUGGGAACCGAAGGAUGAUGCCAUGUCUGAACACCGGAGACACUUCCCUAACUGUCCAUUUUUGGAAAAUUCUCAGGACACACUGAGGUUUAGCAUUUCAAAUUUGAGCAUGCAGACACAUGUGGCUCGACUGAGAACUUUUAUGUAUUGGCCAUCUACUGUACCAGUUCAGCCUGAGCAGCUCGUAGGCGCUGGUUUCUAUUAUGUGGGUCGCAAUGAUGAUGUCAAAUGCUUUUGUUGUGAUGGUGGCUUACGGUGUUGGGAAUUAGGAGAUGACCCCUGGGUAGAACACGCCAAGUGGUUUCCAAGGUGUGAGUUCUUGAUACGUAUGAAAGGGCAGGAGUUUGUUGAUGAAAUUCAAGCUAGAUAUCCUCAUCUUCUUGAACAGCUGUUGUCAACUUCAGAUACUUCUGGCAAUGAAAAUGCUGAUCCACCAAAUGAUUUGUCGUUAAUUCGGAGGAAUAGAAUGGCGCUCUUUCAGCAGUUGACAUGCGUGCUUCCUAUCCUGGAUAGCCUUUUAAAGGCCAGUGUGAUUAAUAAACAGGAACAUGAUAUUAUUAAACAGAAAACACAGAUACCUUUACAAGCAAGAGAACUGAUUGAUACCAUUUUAGUUAAAGGAAAUAGUGCUGCCAACAUCUUCAAAAACUGUCUUAAAGAAAUUAACUCUACGUUAUAUAAGAACUUAUUUGUGGAAAAGAAUAUGAAGUAUAUUCCAACAGAAGAUGUUUCAGGUUUGUCACUGGAAGAACAACUGAGAAGGUUGCAGGAAGAAAGAACUUGUAAAGUGUGUAUGGACAAAGAAGUUUCUAUUGUAUUCAUUCCUUGUGGUCAUCUGGUAGUAUGCCAGGAAUGUGCCCCUUCUCUAAGAAAAUGUCCUAUCUGCAGGGGUAUAAUUAAGGGUACUGUUCGUACAUUUCUCUCAUAAGAGAAAAACAGGCUGUAUAUUAGUCUAUAUAUAAAAGUCUUUAAAAUGUUAUAACAUUUGAAUCUAUCUGAAAUAAAAAUAAUUAUUGGUUGUUUAAUUA